UACUCUGUGCUGGCCAUUUCCGUGGGGGAAUCAAGCACUAUAAAGGAAAAUGCUGGAACCUUCAGCACAACUGAAUUGAUAGCUGCUGGAACGGGUACCAAGUUUAGGCUCGUAGGCUGUUUGGGUUCAGGUGCUGUAUAUUAUUCCUGCUAUCAAGACAAAAGUUUCAGGUGCUGUUUGGUCUUAGGAGUUAUUGUUGGGAGUAAGGAAACGUUUUCAAUCAGCUCCAUACCACAAUAAAUAAAUGAGAUCCUACACAAUGCUCUUGUUCAGUUUGUUUAGUAGCCAAAGGCCUAACUUCACUCGGCUUGUAAAUUAUGCUAAACCUUGUAUCAAAUCAAAGGUUGUCUUCAAGAAUCAAACGCAAUUUGCAAACUGUCUUUACGUGAAUUACAAAAUUCGAUAUAUAUUAAUUUAAUAUUUAGUAUUAGAAGAAGGUUAGCGGUGUUUGGCUGAGUGUCCCUUUCAAUCUAAAAGGACAGAAUUCCAGCACCCACCACCACCAUUCCCAGUAUUCCCCUCCCUCAUUACUCUCUCACUUAAACCCUAAAAAAAAAAAAUAAAUAAAAAAUUCCCAAAUUUUCAUCAUUUCAGGAUGGCAAUCUGCUUUCAAUUUCAAUCCCCUCUAAAACCCAUCAACAUCCCUCCAUCAUCAACCAAAAAAGCCCCCAUCUUUAGAUGCAAAGCCUCUUUUUCCACCACCAUCACCACAGAGCCCGAGCCCGUCUUCACCUCCGUGAAGUCCUUCGCCCCGGCCACGGUCGCCAAUCUCGGCCCAGGCUUCGACUUCCUCGGCGCCGCCGUCGACGGCCUUGGCGACUUCGUCUCCGUUAGCCUCGACACCUCUGUCCGUCCAGGUCAUGUGUCGAUCUCGGAAAUCUCCGGUUCUUCUAAACUCUCCUCCAAUCCUCUCUUCAACUGCGCAGGCAUCGCGGCCAUCGCCGCCAUGAAAAUGCUCAAUAUUCGCUCCUUCGGCAUUUCCCUCAAACUCGAAAAAGGCUUACCUUUAGGAAGCGGCCUUGGUUCCAGCGCAGCUUCCGCCGCUGCAGCCGCCGUGGCGGUCAACGAACUUUUCGGCGCCAAACUCGGAGCUGACCAGCUGAUUCUCGCCGGAUUAGAAUCCGAAGCAAAAGUGUCCGGUUAUCACGCCGAUAAUAUCGCUCCGGCAGUCAUGGGAGGUUUCGUUCUAAUCAAAAGCUACGAACCUCUAGAAUUAAAACCCUUAAUUUUCCCCAAUAAUCAGGAACUGUUUUUCAUAUUAGUUAGCCCGGAAUUCGAGGCCCCCACCAAGAAAAUGCGGGCGGCUCUGCCCGCGGAAAUCGGGAUGCCGCAACACGUGUGGAAUUGUAGCCAAGCGGGUGCAUUGGUGGCUUCGGUGUUGGAGGGUGACGUGGCGGGGUUGGGGAAGGCGUUGUCGUCGGACAAGAUCGUGGAACCGAAACGUGCGCCGUUGAUUCCGGGGAUGGAAGGGGUCAAGAAGGCUGCGAUCGAAACCGGUGCUUUUGGGUGUACGAUUAGUGGGGCGGGGCCGACGGCUGUGGCUGUGAUUGAUAAUGAAGACAAAGGGAAGGUGAUCGGGGAAAAGAUGGUGGAGGCGUUUUUAAAAGAAGGGAAUUUGAGGUCGGUGUCUAUGGUUAAAAGACUCGAUAGAGUUGGUGCUAGGCUUGUCGACAGUUUUCCCAGAUGAUGAUCAAAUUAAGUGAGGAAUAGCUUUGAAUCAAGUUAUAAGAUAUGAACAUGUGGUUUUGAGUUUGAGAGUUGUAGCCCAAUUGCAACAAAUUACUUUGUUGCUUAUACCAUGAGCUUUGGUGAAUAAAAGCUUCAACUUUCUUCAUGGCUACCCAAUCCAUUCACCUUUCCCGAAAUAAAGAGACAUCUUCCGGGUC